GUGCGGGGUCCAAGGGCUUGGGGCACUGUCAGUGCGAAGGUUCGUUCGCCGUUCCUUUCCGCGGUUCCCUCCGGCCCGGCCAUGUCUGACCCCGCUCAGCAGCCUGCUCCCGGCGCUCCCGAAGGAGGGGCUCCUGAAGGAGGCGCUCCCGAAGGGGCAGCCCCCGGUGGGGGUCCCCCCGGGGCUCCCCCCAACCUGACCAGCAAUCGCCGCCUGCAGCAGACGCAGGCCCAAGUGCAGGAGGUGGUUGAUAUAAUGUGUGUAAACGUGGACAAGGUGCUGCAGCGGGACGAGAAGCUGUCGGAGCUGGAUGACCGGGCAGAUGCGCUGCAGGCCGGCGCCUCAGUGUUCGAAAGCAGCGCAGCCAAACUCAAAAGGAAGUACUGGUGGAAGAACUGCAAGAUGAUGAUCAUGAUGGGAGUGAUUGGUGCCCUUGUGGUGGUGGUGAUUGCAAGUAAGUACCAAAAACCUCCGGCUCAAAGGUGAGGAAACACCAGCUCUAGAGUACUUUAAACUUUUCCUUUUUGUUUUGAGAUCUUGAGGGUCUUAAUUGUGUAAGUGUCAACUCCAGUCUUUGGGAAUGGGAGGUAGAAGUGCUGGAACCCCCUCACUCAGUGUGGAAAUGGUAUGCUUUACCUAGUAAUAUGAGGAAUGGGGAAGGCCAUCAUUGUAGAAAUGAGAAAUUCUGCCUGCCAGGUCAGAUAAACCUGUAAGUAUAAGGGGCAUUUACCCUGGGGUGGGUGGGUUGGCAAGUUCUUUCCCUGGUGGGUGGUUUGGAGCUCUCUGAGGGACCUUUGGUGUAACUUGCCCUUCUGUUCUUUCCUUUUUUCUUUUUUCUAUUGCUUUGUCUCCAGUCUAUUUUUUUACUUAAAUGUAGCUCCUUCAGUCUGCAACCUCCUGUCCCCUAUUACCUUGCCUGUCUCUUCUUGCCUCUGAGUUUUUCCUUUCUUUCCCUUUCACCUAGCUUCUUCAUUGAUUUCCUUAUUGGUUUUAAUUUAUCUUCUGUAUAGGAUUCUGAGCUGCUUACAGAACAUAGGUAGACUUUUCAAUAGCUGCUGCAGCUUUAGGGAGCGUCCUCUAACUUUAGAGGAAAGGGAAGCUGAGGAAGAGUGGGUACCUAUUUGCUCCUGCUCUUCUGCAGAGAACUUUUUGUGUUUAUUUUUGGGUGUAAGCUUGUCAAAUAGUGCCUGUGUGAACUCUAGCAAAAUAAGAAUGCCUUAACACAGUGCCUUUUGGGAUGAAGGACUGCAGCAUGCGAGAGCCUUUAGUGUUCUGCCUAAAAAGAGUGGCAGCAUGACUUGAGCUUUUCAUUGAGCUUCUGAAAUAAAAGCUAGUUUGUGUUGGCCAGUGGCUGUGAGCCAUCUAAGCUACAUGUAGUGAUGUAGGUUUCUCUAGCUAUGGAGGGGUGAGCACUUGAAGAAAUGAUUUAUUCUGCCUGUCCUUAUUUCCAGGUGACUUGCUGCCUGAACAUGGCCAGUUCAGUUUUUAUAAAGGAGGGCCUACAUGAUUACCUCAGUCAAGUGCAACAGGCUAAACGCAGUUAAGUGAGAGGGGCAUUGCAACUAUCUAAAAGGCAUGUGUGGGAGUGAAGUCCCUCUCCACAAGGAUCAAAUGAACUGCAAUUAGUCUGGUGGGGAGUGUCAAAUAUGCCUUUCAUCUAUGCACACACAAGCCAGGACCCUGUAGCUUCCUGCUGUCUUGUAGCUUUCCAGAAGGAAGACUUUGGAGUAGUGGCAGAAUGGGGAUUGGUGUUUUGCUUUUGUGUGACUGGGUUGAACGUCGAGGAAGCUCACUGCCGCAGCAGAUAGAGUUGAAGGGGGCUGGAGGUAUUCCAGAUGAGACUGAAUGAGCUGCACAGCUUUCUGAUUAGGAAUAUCUGCUCUGUUUCUGUUGCCACAAAGCCCUAACUUUCAGCAGGAGUUAGAAAACACUUGAAAUGGUUAGCUGGGGAUUCAAAGGGAAAUGGUGCUCUGGGCAUGGGUAUUGCAAAGUGGCAUCAGAUGUCCCAGUUUGCCAACUUAUGCUUGUAAAGAUGUUGCUCAUCAAGGUGAACCUGUGUAAUUGCUAUGGGUUCUCUUGAAUUUAGGUCCAGGGUGGUCUCUGAUGGAAGUAAACUUGUGGCUGUGGCUUUCUGUGAGUGAUUCUCUUGUUCUUCUCCAUCAAAAGUAACAGGAGCUGUGAGUUGUUUGAAUUUGUUGUCAGACAUGGGUUAAAUGAGCUGCCCUGUUUCUGUAGAGUCUUCCGAAGAAUGUGUAACUUGUCUUUUAACUUUUUUUAACAAGCUGAGCUGUAGCCUGUAAUCUAGACUGGAAAGAGGUACUCCUUUAAUUUAGAAAGCUCUGCCUCUGUUCUAGAAUACACUGGGAUCUGUUUAGGCCUAAGAGGAGGCAGGGAGGACAUCACUGGAGUUCCCAGAUAGGAGCAAAGAACAAAAGAUGGGAGGAGCAGAUGCUUUGUGUUUCCCUGGAUGUGCUGGGGAAGCCCCUUUCUGCCUCCCAGGACACCUGGCAAGGGGCUCGCUUUUGCAUGCUCACUUCCAUGCCCCAGCAUUUUCAUUUGAGUUCAUCUCCCUGCAAUUCCAUUCCUCUCCACCUUGGGGGAGGGCAGAGAUGAAGAUCUGGAGUGAAGCAGCCCUCGUCCCCUGAGCACUUCCCUAAUUCCCUGGAACUGAGAUGGGAUGGACGGUCAGAAGUGCAUCUGCUGAAGAGGAGCCAGGGCCUGCUUGUGCCACCUCCUGCUCUCAUUUUAGGGGGUAGGCUAUUACAAGCUUGAGGCCCCCAGACCAGCAAUUCUUUCUAACUCUUCUAAACAAGCCUUUGGUGUCCCAUUCCUCCUGUCUCUCUGGGAGCUGAGGUCCCCCUAGGCUGUCUCUCAUUUCUUUCUCUCAGAUGUUGUAUGUUGCCUCCUCCUCUGCUCCCUUCCCCCUCCUUUGUGUCUCUGUGCAUGGGCAAAACAAAUCACCAAGGCCCUCUUAGUAAAAGCAAGGGACUCUGCUCCCACAGCAUCACAGCCACUCAUGCACGUGCAGUUUAUUUACUUCCUCUAUAAACACAACUGUAAUCUCCUCUGGCAUGUUCUAGAAAUCAGCUCAUGUACUUUCAAUGGUCUCUAAGAAACACAAUUCACCACCUUA